AACAAGCCCGUGUGCUCAAGCGAAGUGUGCAAGGACCGUGCACAUCUUAUCAAGGAGUACAUUAACACAUCUGCUGACCCCUGCGAUGAUUUUUACUCAUAUGUUUGCAAAAAAUGGACUAGCAAGAACAUGGAACGUGCCCCUUACGAUGCUUUCCAGAUGCUGCGAGAGCAAUUUAUUGAUGUGUUAAAAGGUAUACUAGAGGAAGCAGAAAUCGUUUACAACAACCAAACGAUCAUAAAUAAGGCAGCUGUUCUCUACAACGCCUGCUUAGCCGUUCCAGUUGAAGAGGACGGACGUGACGAUCUGUUAGAAAUAAUGAACAAGCAAGGAUUAGCAGAUUGGCCGAUAAUUAUUAAUGGGAAUGUGUCAGGUGAUACUUUUGACAACGUCACUGAGGUUCUUCUGAAAGUUGGAAUGGAGUCCAUCAUUCAGUUUUUCGUCGGGAAAGACAGCCGCAAUUCUUCCGCUCAUGGGAUUAAGCCUGUUGCCAUCAUCGGUGUUAUGAAAACUGAUCCGACCCUUAUAAUCGACAGCGCUGAGGUGACACGAACUGCUGCCGACGGCGGCGCAAGGUGAACUCAUGACUCCCGCAAACUACUAUAGGUGGCGGCG